AUGAAAUAUAUAUUUUACAUUCUACCAUUUAUUUUGCUUGGUCAUCAAGUGGAUGCGCAAAGCGCAGAAACAAAUGAGACUCCAACUGUUGUGAAUACUAUCACCACUUUUACUAUUAUAACCACAUGCGGUAAGUCAUCAAGUUCGGGGAUGUUAGGUAUUGUUCCCGUAACUCUUAGCAGCACUGUUGCACUUGCAAGUGACAUAGUUGAUGGUGAAGGUACUCCUGACUCUAACGCGGUGGAGAGUGAUGUUAUUCUUGGGGCCGUUGUAGUUGAUGGUGAUGGAAAUCCUGGUGUUGUUGAAGUUAGCAGUGCCCAUAAGAUUGAUACGGAAACCGCUCAUGAAACCAUCUCAGGUAAUGGUAUUGGUAGUCACAGUACAACUCCAGUUAAUAAUGAUGAUAAGCAAGGUACUACAGGAGGAGGCGAUACAAACCACGGAGCUCCAUCAGUUAGUGGUAAUGAUGAUUCUACUGGUGUCAGUGACGGUGCUCGUGGAACCAUGCUAGCUGAUGGUGAUGGUAGUCUUCCAGCCGUGGCAGUGGCAGGUGAUGCUAAUCCUGACACUGUUGUAGAUGGCAGUGGCAUUGCAGUUGGUGGUGAUGGUAAUCCUGGAACCAUUGUAGAUGGUAGUACCAUUGCAGUUGACAGUGUCGGUAGUCAUGGAGCCGUUCCAGUUGAUGGAGAAAACAGUCAAGGCACUAUGGCAGCAGGUGGUGACGUUGCUAGUGGAAAUAUUGCAGCUGACAGUAAUAAUGCUCUUGGUAACAUUAUAACUGACGGGAAUGUUGGUCCUGGUACCAUUAAUUCUGACGAUAAUGUUGACCCUAGAUUCGAAACAUCUGGCGGGAACGUUAAUCCUGGUUCCAGUGUGUCUAGCAGUGAUGGUGCUAGUGGAGAGAAUUCAGUUGAUGGUGGUGGUACCCCCGGAACUGUUGCAGUCGGUAGUGAUGCCGAUAAUGGUAACGUUGAAGUUGACAGAAAUGAUGAUUCUGUUACCAUCGAUGGAACCCAUGGUAGCAUUGUAGUUGAUGCUUCCCAAGGAGAGAGAGUACUUCAAACAAGCUCGGUUAAAACUUCAACUACCGGAGGGAGUGAACCUUCGAUUUAUCCAAAACUCAUUGAUUCCCACUCUGCUGGUAAUACUAAUAUCAUAGCGAGAGCAACCUUGACGAUGGGGCUUUUGUUUAUCGUAUUCGUACUAUUUGUUUAA